AUGCAUGCUAUGCGUUGGAGACCAGCCACGGAAGCUGAGGUCGUGACCGUGGUUGGCGCGUCCGCACGCGAAUCUUUUGAUUUCACCCAUUUCCAUAUCGGCCAGGUGAAAGGCUGGCAGCGCUCAUUUUGCCAAGCAAACUGGGUAAACCUUGUGUGUGGCGAUGUUUGCGUGCGUACCAAAGAAGUCGCAGCACUUGCCAUGGUGCCAUCAACUGAGGAUUACGUCAGUCACGUUGCGCUGUUGGACGUAACCCCCGAGGAGCUGCCAGGAUACAGAAUCGUCCGUGUGCUAUUUUGCAUCGCAGGUGCAGAUGGCUCCAUACUGGAGGAAGGGCAAGCCUUGAUGUGUGCUGCGUGCGACGAUGAUGCCGAAGCAGACAGGCUGCGGGCACCUGACGGCGAACUGACUCGAUGUUGUGAUGAUACGGGUUAUGUUCGC